AUGGCUUCCAAAUCAAUCGUGUUGCUGUGCUGCUUUAUGGCAUCGGUACUUGCUGUGCCUGUAGAGAAAUACACAGACAAGUAUGACCAUAUCAACGUUCAAGAGAUUAUUGAAAAUAAGAGGCUGCUGGAGGCUUAUGUGAACUGUAUCCUCGACAAGGGCAAGUGCACUCCUGAAGGAAAGGAAAUGAAAUUACACGUCCAGGAUGCACUCGAAACUGGCUGUGAAAAGUGUACUCAAAAACAACAGGAUAAUGCUACCCUCGUGUUGGAACAUGUGAUUAAGCACGAACGUGGUAUUUGGAAGGAGUUGACCGAUAGGUUUGAUCCUGAUGGCGUCUGGAGGAAGAAAUACGAAGAGCGCGCAAGAGCAAAAGGCAUUAUAAUUCCUCAAGAC